CACAGUGAGAAGAGCGGCGAAGGCCAUGGCUCAUCAUGGAGUGAAGCACUGGCUCUGCAGGCUACAGCUUUAUGAAAUUAUUAUCAGCAAUCAGCCCACCUUCUCAUCUCAGACCACACAGAAAGUAAGAUACCGAUAGUUUGCUUGAGUAUUUCCACUUUGUAAGGCUCUGUAUUUUUGCCCCACACCAUUUCAGAGAGACAUAUUAUACUUUGUGUUUGGCUGCAUUAAUGCUUAGUUUAAUGCAAAGUAUAAACAUAUCCAAGUACUGUAUGUUCUGCCACUAAUGAUAACACAAGAUUAUCAGUAUUGUUGUAUUCAUACUCAUUUUGUGUCAACAACGCCCGGACUAUUUAAAAAAAAAAUCCUGCAGGUUGUUGCGUAACACUUAAUUUGAACCCUCCCAAUUCAACUUUUAUUUAAGUUCUCAAUAUUUUUGUUACAAACCUUCUUUUUUUUAAAUUUUUUUUUUCACUGUUAAAUAGAAAAAGAUAUGUCAACAAUUACAAUUCCUCUUAUGAAGCAUUAUGAAGUGUCAGCGACGGUGCAUAAAUAAUGAAAACGUGAUAAUUCAGUACACCGAACAAAUCCUUAGAGUGUGUUAUAAUACAUUCAUUACACUUUAAAUGAUUAAUUCACAAGCGGGUUUAAAUACAAACCUAAGUCAUAACAUAACAUACAUAACAAGUGCGGCCUUAAAAGCGACACAUAAUUAAUAACAAAACACUGAUAUCACAACAUACUGUAAUGUGCUAAUAAACGUGAAACGUAUGUAUCCCAGACAGCAGUGGGAACGUUUGAGAGUGGGUUUUGUUUCAGCGUGAAUUUAUUUUCAUGAAACACCGCGAUUUGGUACGACAUACGACGUUAAAGUUGACACAGAAAUGUCAGCCACUUAUGUAGAGUCUAUGGCCGGAGCCUAUCUUCCACGGGAGCUGACUCUACGAUGCGCCCCGUGUUAACCCGGUACCAACGUUAGCCCAGUACCAGUACCGGUGUUACGGUUUAAGAAGCGACCGUGUUAACUGGCGACUCUGAACCAACGCGUCCUUGUCGGAGUUACAGACAGCUGUUGGAAAUAGGAAAAUAACAUGUAGGUGCACUCGUGAAUGUCGAAUUGUUUAAUUUGUACAGUAUAUAUUAUUAUGAAUAUGAGUGGGGUUGACACUUCAUUACAAAAUUAAACCAAGCGGCAUUCACGACGACAGCUAUACCACUACGUGAAACUAAAAACGUAACACCGGUAACUACGUUACCGGUGUUACGUUUUUAGUGUUACGUUUUUAUCAACGUUCGCUUGGUUUUGUCCCGCGCUGUUCCGUCAACAUGGAGCGGACCAGCAUCAACGCAGUUCAACGCCCUGACGUCAACGGCGGGGACGACGGUACUUGCACACAAUGGCGCAACUGGAGUGGGUUUUGGCUCCUUGGAUUGUGCAACAACUUUGCGUAUGUGGUAAUGCUGAGCGCCGCUCACGACAUCCUCCAAAAACAACAGUCCCAAAACGCCACAGCAUCUACUUCAGCCACAAUGGCCGUGGAAUUCCAAGGUGGAAACAGUAGCAACAGUAGCCGCUAUGACUGCAACCCUGUCUCAACUGCGGCUGUGCUGUUGGCUGACAUCCUCCCGACGCUCGUCAUCAAGUUGUCCGCUCCCUUUGUGAUCCACAAACUGCCUUAUGGUUUUCGAGUGUUGUUCUGCGCCGUCAUGGCAGCAACCAGUUUCCUCCUUGUGUCCUUCUCCUCAGCCGUAUGGAUGAGCAUUCUUGGUGUGAUCUUUGCCAGUAUCGGUGCUGGACUGGGAGAACUUUCCUUCCUCUCUCUCACCGUCUACUUCAGCAGGGAUGUAUUGGGAGCUUGGGGCUCAGGCACUGGCGGCGCCGGUGUGGCCGGAGCCCUCAUAUACUCGGGCCUCACCCAAGUCGGCCUGUCACCCCGGGUUACACUUCUCAUCAUGUUGGUGAUCCCGUUCGCUAUGUUGCUGAGCUAUUUUUUCCUGCUGGUCCUCCCCCAUUCAUUACCUCAGUGGAGAGACAGGGAGGCGGAAUACACAGCCGUGGUCUCCGAGGACCGACAAGCGCUGAUGGAUGGAUCGGAGGAAGAGGAGGAGCAGGAGAAUUCGAUCCCAGGCCAUGUUCUUCCCUUCAAUGUAGCAGAGGACAGGACCUCCGGACCGCUCACCUGCACAGAGAAACUUCAUGUCAUCAAAAGCCUGCUGAGGUUUGUGUUGCCCCUGGGAUUGGUCUACUUCGCUGAGUACUUCAUCAACCAGGGUCUGAUGGAGCUCCUGUAUUUCCCAAAACUCUUCCUGUCCCAUGCGGAACAGUAUCGCUGGUACCAGACGCUGUACCAAGUUGGUGUGCUGGUGUCUCGUUCGUCCCUGUGCUGUGUGAAGAUCAGGAAUCUGUGGGCUCUCUCUUUGCUUCAGUGCGCUUCCUGUUUCUGCCCAGUGUCUGGCUGGUGUUCGCUAUCGUCAUCUACGAGGGCCUGCUGGGCGGAGCAGCAUACGUCAACACCUUCUACUUCAUCAGCAAGGAGACCGGAGACAGACACAGGGAGUUCGCCAUGGCCGCUGCCAGCGUAGGAGACAGUCUGGGCAUCGCUGUGGCCGGACUCAUUGCGUUUCCCGUGAACAGAUACUUCUGCUCCCUAUGACCCCAGCCAACGCACUGAUACUGGGGGGGUGUUCUAUUUACAAAACACAGACUUUACUCCAACAUUAAAAAAAAAAUCAUUAUAUAUAUAUAUAUAUACCUCCUGUUGAAAUAAGUAGUUUUCAACAAGAGGGCACGGUAACAAAGUGUCCUCGACCAAUUCAUGUGUUUGCUUGUUGUCACUAAUAGUCUGUAAUAGCUGAGCACUAACCUCGGAGACGAACAUCAGCGCUUCUCUUUUUUGUUUAAAUUCCUCCUUUUAUUGCUACAAAAGCGGUACAGGUCGACUUCCACAAGAUGAAGAAAUGCGGGAUGAUUAUAAGACGCAUCUUGGCAACGGAGCGUUUAUUUAAUCUUCAGAAUAUUUGCAACAUUUAGUUGUGUUUCAGGAUGACGGGACAGAGUAGAGCCUCAACGUAUCUUCAUCAUAUGCUUUGAGGAGAAUACGUCAAUUUAUUCCUUUUAAGAUAAGAGUUGUUUUACUGACCUCACUUGUUGUGUUCCAUAAUGUUAAGUGUUUACCUCUCAAUAUGACCGAGUGCAACUUUACAACACAACAACACUUGUGUGACGAUGAUGAGACAUUUCAUAUUUAAUCGCUUGUCAUGUCUGUUAUUACAUUUUGAUGUUGCCGCACAAACCAAAGAAUACUGACUGUUGCGUCCCCAUGACAUUAAUGUUUGGCUUAACACAGGUGUCGUCACGGUAACAAGAGUUUCCUCUCUGAGCAGAGGAGAUCCAGCAGUGAGGAGGAAAUAAUUUAAUAGUGCCUUGAAUCGAGUUAUGCUGACUGACAUGGUUUUAAAAUGGUGUUUUGCUUCUCAGUCCUCCCUGGUUGUUAAAAUGGGUUUCACGCCUUUUUUACAAGAACAGUGAACAAAAGAUCUUUUAUGUGGAUUAGUGUUUUAUAUUUUAUUAACUGUAGCACUGUGGAAACAGGACAAUAUCUUGAGCUGCAUCAAUGCCACUUAUAUUUUAAAUGUGUUUAUGAAGUCAGUGGAAAGGUGUCCUAACAAACAACAACGGUAUGCUUUUUUUGUGAUAAAAUGUGUAUUUAUAUUAACACUAUAAUCAUUAGCAUUAACAGCCAUCUGUAAUACUGGACAUGGAUCACAAGCUUAUUUAUCCACCUAUAUUAUUACAUCCAUCGACUGCCCGUAAAAGGUCUUAUUUUCCCCUCCAGUCUUUAAAAAUAUCUGUUCACACAGCCCACAUAGGUCAUACAACUCUAACCCAACACACCACCCAAAAAAGAAGAAAAAUGGAAUAUUGAAAGAUAUUUAUCAGAAUGAAAAGGAACAGUAGCAGUAAAUAAAUACAUAAGAAUCAUCAUAUGUAACUUAAUUCUCAUUACAUUGUUACCUUACAUUACAUGUCAUUUAGCUGAUGCUUUUAUCCAAAGCGACUUAUAAUCAUGUUACAUUCAUACACUGAAGACACAGCAACAGGGAACAAUUCAGGGUUAAGUGUCUUGCUCAAGGAGACAUUGAUUGCACCUCAAAUCCCCUGGUUGAAAGACGGACCUGCUAACCAUUGACCCACAGUGCUAUGGGUGUGGGAUAGAGCUUUCUUGGGAGUCAAAUUAAAAAGAUGUAGAAUUAUUAAUUUGAUCGUUAUUGUUUCGGGAUUAAACAUAAAUACAUAUUUUCCCAAACGCGGUUCCAAUAAAUGGACUGAUGCCAGUUCUUUAAGUCAACAUUUCAGACCUUGAUCACUCCCACGGACAGACAUGUCUUGAACCUUCUCUUACAUAUUGGAUACAAAGUCCCUCCCUCAUGUUUGGCUUUAUGGAACUGAGGGGUGGAUGAAUUGGAAGAGCUUUUUUUUCUCACAGAACUCCAGGACCUUGUCAACAUUGUUAACGUCCUGAAGAACAUUUUGUUGUGCACUCAUUCUUUAUUCAAGUUCGCCUGUUCUGCUCUAAAACUCAGUUUUUCUGUUUCCUGAAAGUAAACUUGGUUUAAAAAUAAUGGUAAUAAUUAUUAGAACGAGUACUAAUGAAUUGCCUUGUGUAUGAAUUGUGCUCUAUAAAUAAACUUGCCUUGCCUUGCCUACUUA